GGGCACUGGGCCAUGUGGCUCAGUUGGUAGAGCAUGGUGUUUGCAACGCCAGGGUUAUAGGUUCGAUUCCCACGGGGGACCAGUACGGGGGAAAAUGUAUGCAUCACUCACUACUGUAAGUCGCUAUGGAUAAGAGCGUCUGCUAAAUGACUAAAAUUGUAAAAUGAAAUGUACAAAAUGCAAAACGAACUAUCAGUAAGGAUGACGUCACUUCCUGUCAUUCCUGCCAACGGAAGUAAUUAAUUGAGGAAAAUGGCAACCCCGUAUGUUGAAGAUCAAUCUGGGAAAUACAUUGCUGCUACACAGCGACCUGAUGGAACCUGGAGGAAGCCUCGUAGAGUGAAGGAUGGUUAUACCCCUCAGGAAGAGGUCCCUGUCUACGAGAAUAAAUUUGUGAAGUUCUUCAAGGGCAAGCCCGAUCUUCCACCAGGUAUGAGCCCCGGCAAUGCGGCCCAGGCAAGGCAGCAGCAGGGGAUCCCCGGCAUUGCAGAGAAUGAGAUAGCUGGGCUCUCCAAGACAGCCAAGCGAAACAUGAAACGCAAGGAAAAGCGCAAGCAGCAAGGCCCAGAUAGCAAUGUGGAAUUACUAACAAAUGCUGUUGAGACUAUGACGUUUGCAGAGGACGGUGACAAUGUGACGCCUGCAUCUAACCCAGCUGGAGCUACUUAUGACCCUUCAUCUGCAAUAGCAGAAAAGGCCAAGAAGAUCAAGAACAUAAAAAAGAAGCUGAGGCAGGUUGAGGAGCUGCAGCAGAAACUGGACUCUGGGGAAAUCAAGCAAGCUACAAAAGAGCAGCAGGAGAAGCUUGGAAGGGCCAAGGCCUUACAGGGCGAGUUACUGCAGCUUGAGGAGGAUUCAUGAGAUUGAAAAUGUUGUAAAAAGGGCAGCAGACCAUUUGUGGAAGUUAGACUGUUCAAAAAUACAAACACCCAGUUCUAAAAGAAAUUGACAUUUACAGCUGUGUUGAUGAGCUUCCCUUGAACAUUUUCUGGAUAUUUGUUGUUAUCAGACAGCCAAUGAACAUGAACUUUGGCUUUUGGAAUGCCAAGUGUACAUAAACCCAACACUUCACGUGUUAUGCUGUUGACAAUAAGUGAUCAUGCUUUUCCCACAAUUUGUCUAAAACCAAUUACCGAACAACAAUGAGCCAGCCAGGUUUUUUGUCUUCAUAAAACAGUUGAACUGAUUCGCUAUGCUUGGCUAUGAACUUUUUGGCCAUUCAAUUAUAGUUGUAAUAGCAUUUAUUUGUGUACUUAGUAUGUUUGUGCAUUUCGUAUCUUCGUUUUUUUUUUAUCUUUAUCUGUCAAGAACAGCAUAACAUUUUAUAUAUUAGUUAGUUGCAUUAAAGAUGCAAAAAUCCCCUAUUGAAAAGAAUACCUGUUUGUUGACCCAUCUCUGUGUACUGAAAUGAUACAAAUUUUCCCAAUGAUUGGAUGACUUCAAAUACAGUUUGAAUUUGUUUACAUAAUGAAGAGGUUCAUGGUUUACAACAUUGUAAACAACUAAUAAUGUAAAUCCCCGUGAUUGCAGGGGAUAGAGAGGAUUGUGCUGUUUUUUAAUCUGAUUUCGGCAAUCAGAUAGGAUUAAAUGUUAGAAUGUGAUUCUGGUCCUCCAUGUAGGGUUUUGGUUAUCCAAUCUGACCUUUUAAUCAAGAUUAAAUGUCGUUUUUCAAAGGCGAUUAGGAUAGUUUUGAUGUAAAAAAUCUGGAUUAUCUUGACCUCACUGGAAGGGUGGUUUUAGAAAGGUGAAUGGCACUACAACCAAGCCAUUUUAAUGUAAACUGAACAAAAAAUAUAAAUGCAACAUGUAAAGUGCUGGUCCCAUGUUUCUUGAGCUGAAAUAAAACAUCUCAGAAGUUUUCCAUAUGCACAAAAAGCUAAUUUCGCUCUAAUUUUGUGUACACAUUUGUUUACAUCCCUGUUAGUGAGCGUUUUGUCUUCUGUCAAGAUAAUCCAUCCACCUGACAGAUGUGGCAUAUCAAGAAGCUGAUUAAACAGCAUGACCAUUACGCAGGUCCACCUUGUGCUGGGGACAAUGACAGGCCACUAAAAUGUGCAGGUUUGUCACACAACACAAUGCCGGAGAUGUCUGAAGUUUUGAGGGAGCGUGCAAUUGGCAUGGUGACUGCAUGGAAUGUCCACCAGAGCUGUUGCCUGAGAAUUGAAUGUUGAUUUCUCGACCAAUGUUGUUUUAGAGAAUUUGGCAGUAUGUCCAACCAGCCUCACAACCGCAGAACACGUGUAACCACGUCAGCCCAGGACCUCCACAUCCUACUUCUUCACCUGCGGGAUCAUCAGAGGGGGUGCUGAGGAGUAUUUCUGUCGGUAAUAAAGCCCUUUUCUGGGGAAAAACUCAUUCUGAUUGGCUGGGCCUUGCUCCCCAGUGGGUGGGCCUGGCUCCCAAGCUGAUGGGCCUAUGCCCACCCAUAGAUGUGCCCCUGCCCAGUCAUGUGAAAUCCAUAGAUUAGGGCCUAAUUAAAUUAUUUAAAUUGACUGAUUUCCUUAUAUGAACUGUAACUCAACAAAAUCUUUGAAAUUGUUGUGUUUAUAUUUUUGUUCAAUAUAACUAAAGUGACAAGGUUUAAAAAGCUAUUUUGCAUCUGAAAACCAAAGGUAAUGUUAAAUUGGUUGCAGUAAAGUUAUGUGGUCAGUUGUUAUAUUGAGAAGUGUCAAAUAAAUGCAUGUACUUAUGUGA